GCCCAAGUCUCUCCACCUCGAACCCGGACCGGCCGCCCAUCGCCAACCUGAGGAUGGAGCCCCGGACCAGGCGCCUGACCUGGGACCUCCUCGCCAACGUGUCCGCCAUCCGGUGCAUCGAAGACGACGCUUACAGCACCCGAAAGGGGACCCGUUGGCGGCUGCUCGCAAUUUGAGCUGCAAGAUCCAUGACAAGGAUUUCCUCACCUGCUCCUGGGAGGCCGGCAGGGCAGCCCCCGGCGACAUCCAGUAUGAAUUCUCGCUGGAGGACACCAGCACCUCCCGGCAGUGGGGCUGCCCCCGGUACACAGCCAACGCCCAGGGCACCCACGUGCAGUGCCGGUUCGACAACGUCUCCGCCUUUUCUGACCGUCAGUACCGGUUCCUGGUGACGGGCGCCAGCCGCCGCGGGCCGGUGCCCUGCGCCGAGGCCAUAGACUACUUGUCGGACAUCGACGCACUGACGGCUCCCGCCCUGAACGCCACGUGUAACACGUCGCUCGCUCUGUUAGGAUGGGACCGGCCCAGCCACUUCCACAGGACGUUGGACUACGACCUUGAAAUUCAGCAGGUCCAGAGGGUCCGGUCCUUCCUGCUGACCAACCCCAGGACCUUCUCGGUGAGGAUCAGAGCGCGGGACACGCCCGAGCCGGUCGGACCCUGGAGCGCCCCCCAGCGGUUCGUGUGCGACCAGGAGGCGGAUCCGAGCGUCCAGGUCUGGCUGAGCUCCUGCCUGAUGGCGCUGGGCACGCUGGUCACCGUGGGCGUCGCCAUCUUCCUGUGCAGGAGGUACUCCGUCCUGAAGACCCUCUUCCCGCCCAUCCCGCGCCUGAAGGACCCCAUGGGGGGCGGGCUGGAGCCGAGGAUGUUUCCCUGGGAGAGCGGCCGACCCCCCCAGGAGGAGUGUCCGGUGGCGGAAGUGCAGAUUCUAAGAGAGCCGUGA